AUGGAACUGAAUAACAAUACAUGGACUUCAGAAUUUCUUCUUCUGGGAUUUUCAGAGGAACCUAGAUUGCAACCUGUCCUCUUCUGGCUUUUCCUCUCCAUGUACCUGACCACGAUGAUUGAGAACUUGCUUGUCAUUCUGGCCACCAUCUCAGACACCCACCUGCACACACCCAUGUACCUUUUCCUCUCCAACCUGUCCUUUGCUGAUAUGUGUCUCACCUCCACCACCAUGCCCAAGAUGUUGGAGAAUAUGCAGACACAGAGCAAAAUCAUAUCCUACGCAGGCUGCAUCACACAGAUGCAAUUUUUCAUACUCUUUGCAAGCUUAGGAAACUUCCUCCUGCCUGUGAUGGCUUAUGAUCGCUUUGUGGACAUCUAUCACCCCCUGCAUUACACAGCCAUCAUGAAUCCUUGCUUCUGUGGUCUGAUGGUUGUGCCAACUUGGAUCAUGAGUGUUCUCCAUGCCCUGUUACAAAGCACAAUGGGGCUGAGGCUGUCCUUCUGUGAAGACUUAGAAAUACAACACUUUUUCUGUGAACUUAAUCAAGUGGUCCAAUUUGCCUGUUCUGACACUUUUCCUAGUGACCUGGUGAAGUAUUUUACAUCUGUGUUUCUGGGUGGUGAUCCACUUACAGGUGUUAUUUACUUUUAUGCCAAGAUAGUUUCCUCCAUAUGUGCAAUCUCAUCAGCUCGAGGGAGAUAUAAAGCAUUUUCUACCUGUGCAUCUCACCUUUCAGUUGUCUCCUUAUUCUAUUUUACAAUCCUAGAAGUGUACUUUAGUUCAGCUGCAACCCACAGCUCACACUCAAGUGGACCAGCCUCGGUGAUGUACAGUGUGGUCACACCCAUGCUGAACUCCUUCAUCUACAGUCUGAGGAAUAAAGACAUCAAGAGUGCUCUGAGAAGAUACUUGUAAAAGAAAUGGGAAAAAAGGAAGGAGACUAAAAACUGGAGGGAGAAGAAAGGGAAGUUAGGAUGGGUAAAUAGGUAG